UCUGCAGUGGGGUUGUCAACACAUAGAAAGGACAGGCGUCCAUGAACAUGGCUAAACUCUCCUUUACAGAAGUGGUCCUGCUGCUUCUGCUAGUGCUGGCCUUGAUACUCAGUGCUGAGGCAAGAGAAAACACACCAAAGACCCUUAGGAGAAUGAAGAGAGAGUGGAUCCUUCCUCCUACCAAGCUGUGGGAGAACAUUGAUUACACCGGCAAGGAUUUUAUUGCCAAGAUUCGCUCUGAUUGGGACACAACUUCAGAAGUGCAAUAUUCUCUCUCUGGACCAGGAGCUGAUUUACCACCCAUCAACCUCUUCAUGGUGGAUCCUGACACAGGGUUUUUAACCAUCACAGGUGUUCUGGACCGGGAAAAAUACCCAUCCUACAAUCUGACAGGGAUCGCUAAGUUCAAAGAUGGAACCAGAGCAGAGGAGGAAAUCCCACUGACGAUCACAGUCUUGGACCAAAAUGACAACCCACCUCGCUUUGAGCGGCAUUCUGGCAACGUCAAAGAGGCGAGCAAAGCUGAAACCUUUGUCAUGCAGAUCGUGGCGAAAGAUGAUGAUCAAGCUGGAACAAUUAAUUCAGAGAUCUCCUAUUCCAUCAUCAGUCAGGAGCCGGCAGGUGAUGGUCACAUGUUCACAAUAGACAGAAAGACGGGCAAAAUACACGUCAAAGAGGCUACGCUGGACAGGGAGACUCAUGACUUCUACACACUGAUUGUAAAAGGAAUUGAUCUGGGAGGGGCAGCAGGGGGGCUAACAGCAACAGGAACUGUGGAAAUCAAGAUCCUGGACAUCAACGACAACCGCCCCAUUCUAGAAAAGUCUGAGUACUCUGGCUCAGUGGAUGAAAAUGUGGCUGAUGUAGUUGUGAUGAGAAUCAAAGCUCUGGACAAAGACCUUAGGAAUACAGACAACUGGCUGACGGUCUUUUCAAUCGCCUCAGGAAAUGAGGAUAAUCUCUUCUCCAUUGAGACAGACAAAGAAACCAACGAGGGAAUCCUGAAGUUGAUAAAGCCUGUGGAUUUUGAAGACCUCAAGAAACUUGAGCUCGGCCUGCUCAUUGAGAAUGUAUCUCCUUUUGUGGAGGGAGGUGCUGUACUGAUGAAUGUGGGCGUUAAUGUUGGAGAGGGUGGUCCUAUAGCUACAGGAGCCGCAGCCGGAGUCGCAGCCGGAGUCGCAGCCGGUGCUGGAGCCGGUGGAGGAGGAGGCUUGGACCUGGGAGUUGAAAUAGGGGUGGAUGCUGAUCUUGAAGGAGGGGUGAAUUUAGGGUCAGAUGCAGGUCUUAAGCCUGGUGUUGGACCUGGAAGUGGUGUCGGACUUGAGCCAGGUUUCCAACCAGGACAAGGAACAAAACCAAAACCAAAUUCACAGACUAACUAUCUCAUUAAAAUAGCAGUUAAUAAUAUGCCUGAGUCUCCAGCAUUCAUGCCUGACACGAAGAGUGUUCCUGUAUCAGAGAAUCCAAAUCAAACACCUGACGAUGGUGCCAUCACAGUGUUCACUGCUACUGAUCCAGACACAGGGAAGCCAGCUGAAGAUGUAAGUUAUGCCAAAGCCUAUGAUCCAGACAACUGGUUUACCAUAAAUGAAAAAACAGCAGAGAUUAAACUCAACAAGGCACCAGAUAGGGAGUCACCAUUCUUGGUGAAUGGAACCUACAUUGCCAAGAUCUUGGCCAUAACCAAAGACAUGCCAUCAAAGACAGCUACAGGAACAAUAGCCAUUCAGGUCAAUGACUACAACGAUCAUUGUCCCACCCUGACCACCUCACACAGCAGUCUAUGCUCCAAUGAAAAAACUAUUAGUGUCACUGGCUUUGAUAAGGAUGCUAGUCCCAACGCUGCUCCAUUUACAUUCAGAAUCAUAGCUGAAGGAACACGAGGCAACUGGGACGUGGAAGUCAUCAAUGCUACGAGUGCCGCUCUUCACUCUCGUGACCUGCUGUGGCCAGGCACAUAUAAGCUGCAGGUGGAGGUGUUGGACGCUCAGGGUCUGUCGUGCCAGUCCAAAGACAUUUUUAAUCUGGACGUUUGCAUCUGUGAGGAAACAGAGGACUGCACGAUGGCGGCAUCAAGACUCAGAGCCCCUUCAACUGGGCUUUCUGCCUCAGCCAUCAGCGUGAUGCUAAUGGCAUUCUGCUUAUUGCUGUUCAUCCCUCUUAUCCUGCUCUUCUGUCGGUGUCGGGGAGACAAAACCAUCUUUCCUGACCAAUUUAAAGAUCUGCCAUUUGGCACCAAAGAACACCUCAUACCCUAUCACACUGAAGGCAGAGGCGAGGACAAGAAAGCGGCGUAUGCUGUGCAAGGGAAGGACAGUGUUUGGGAGUAUCACUUUGAGGGCAGUGACUCUUCUGCUGGUUCAGUGGGCUGCUGCAGCCUUCUGGGACACCCAAAUCUUCUCUGA